UACAGUUUUGUUUGUUUUGUUGCUUGUCCUCACUAGUAGCCAUGAAUUACUAUAAACACUCUUCAUUCAUUUUCCCUUCACCCUGAAAACUCAUCAUAUGAUAUAUAGUGGGCUUUGUCUUGCCUACCAGUCCAUUGCAUGUUAUUCCAAUACUUGCCAUAUAUUAUUGAACACUCCUUCUGAAACCUCCCUGCUUCCUUUAGCAUUGGCAUGUGUUAUUACUGUUCCCUACUACUGCUAAAAAAAAUAAUUAUUUUUUUUUUAAAAAAAAAACAGCUUCUUUCAUACCAAUCUUUUUUAAAUAUGUAAAAAAAUCCUCCAAAAAUCUUACUGCAUUUAUGGAUCUUGCAAGUGCCAGCUACUGUGAACCUCCACCUCUGUUUCCAUCUCAAGGGGUAAUGAAGCAACAGUAGAAGGGAAAAAUGGGAACCCAUUCUUGGAUAGUUUCCCUGACCCUCUUUGUAAACUUAAUCUCAAGGAGACUUCUGAUUUUGUGAAGUCGUUGCCAACAGCAAGCAACGUAGCUGAAAGCAGAGGUUUUUUAAGGAAGGAAGGAGGAGUAAGUUCAGUGACAAGGAGGAAUAUGGAUGCUCCAUCAACACCGGGUCGACCCAUUUUCAGCUUCAGUGUUGGGAAUUUUUCAAGAAAAAAUUUCCCUUCUAAGUGGGAUGAUGCAGAGAAAUGGCUUGUUAAUGGAAGUUCUAUUCAAGAUUCCCCUGCUUCCCAUCAUAAUAAUGGCUUAAAGCCAUCCUUAGAGUCCUCAAAAUUGUUAAAGCAGUGUAAUGGGUUCAAGUAUAAAGAAGCUGAAAAUGUCUUUGCAGAAAAAAAUAGAGUAACAGAUGAAAAGGUCUCUAAAGUAGCUUCAGAUUUUCAGGUGCCUUUACCUUUACACCAUCAUCAUAUUUCUGAUGGAGCUUCCAACAGUGUUUCUGCUGCAAUAGAUGUUUUUCUUAAAGAUAAGUUCACAGAUGAAGUGGAAUCUAUUUAUCCCAAAUUUAGGUGCUUAGAACCUACAAAGGAAGGAUUUUUGUUUGGAAAUGGGGCAGGGAAAUCGAUGAAAGAAGCAACAAUGGAGGCAAUUCAUGAGGUUAAACACAGAGAUAUUGGGACAGAAAUGACCCCAAUUGGCAGCUCUACUACUUCAAGAUGUCACACUCCAUUCAAGAGUCCAUCACCUGCUAGACACAAUACCCCCGCGGAUAGAUCUGGACCGUUGGUCUUACCAAGUUCAGGUUCCGACAGCACGGUUGAUAUUAUGCAAUUUCAGGAGUGUCAUCUAGCAAAGUUGCAGGUUGGGACACCAUUUGAUUCUGUUACAACCAAUUGGAGUUCGAGAGAAGAAGAGGAGGAGGAUAUAUCAAAGAGUUUGAGACAUUUCGAGAUAAAUAAUGAGUGCAGAAAGAGUGUCUCGGAGUCCAAAACACAUUCGUGGGAAGAAGAAGAGAAGAACAAAUACUGCCUCAGGUACCAGAGAGAAGAAGCAAAAAUUCAGGCUUGGAUAAACCUCCAAAAUGCAAAAGCAGAAGCUCAAUCGAAAAAACUUGAGGUGAAAAUCCAGAAGAUGAGAUCAAAUCUGGAGGAGAAGUUGAUGAAAAGGAUGGCGAUUGUUCACAGAAAAGCUGAAGAAUGGAGAACAACAGCACAACUACAGCACAAGGAACAAAUAGAAAAAGUGGCUGACCAAUCAAGAAAGAUGAUGUUGACAAGGCAAAACUCACAUUUAUCUACCCAAACUUCUUGUGGUUGUUUGCCAUGUCGUAACCAUCUUAUUUAAUUCGAAUCACACAGCAAUGUUCAGUGAGAUUCACUCUGUAUUCCUAUUGAGUUUUACCCAGAAAAAAGCUAACAUGCAACACUGUUUUACGGGCCAACACAUAAUACUGUGAACUUCUAGUAGAUGAGACCAACUGAUAAAAGAGACGAUGAGCUUUUCUACAACUAGCAAAAUAUGAUGAAAAUUUGUUACUAUAUAUCCUAGAAUGUAGUCUCACUCUUAAGUGAGAAUCCUAGGAACUUUACUCAAAUUUGAAUUUAUCUUGCAUUAACGUGUUCUCCAUUCUUAAUGGACUGUUUUUGUUGCUCUCUACGGAACUUUUGGCCUAAUAGUUUUCAUGUUAGGUCAUCUAAUUUGAAGCCACCUUAUGCUAAAGUGAUCACUCUUUAAUCUUGAUUAUCAAUGUAUCUACUCAUCAAAGUUGCUCGACAUUGCAAAGAUGAAGGCCCUUUGUCUUGAAUAGGACCACAAUAUUCCGAAUUAAGGCCUCUAGUAAUCAGACUGUUGAAACCUGUUCAAACUUCCAGUUACUAUGUAGGGGCCUUGUAUGUAUUAGCUAGAAAAUGAAAUACAAAGAUGUUGAUUGUUUGUCAGUACUGUAAGUUGUUAAUUUAGAUUUCAACUCUUUUUUGUAGUCAUAAGUUUGAUUUACUGAUUUGACCUUUAAA